UCAAAAUGUCACAAAAAUAAAAUUGCAACCGAGAUUUAAAACUUUAUAAUAUUUUACUUACAUUUAAGUCAUUCUAACUUUCUAAUAAUUGAAUCAAAUUGAACUUAAAUAAUUAGCAUGCCGAAAAAAAAGGUUAUAUUAAAAGCGCAGAUCCCUGAUAAUGAAAAAACAGAUGCUUUAAUGUCCCCCUGUUUGUAUAUUAAUCCAGAUGUUGAAUUUAAAGACAUUCCUACAACAGGCGAGGAAUACCUAUUAAAAGUUCAGAAGGAACGAGAAAAUUAUUCACAAGUGACUAAAUGUCAACAAGACAUAUCAAAAUUUGCAAAGAAUCAAUCUUGUUUUGUUGCGGAGCUUCCACGAGCGUAUGUUGCUGAUAUUUUUAAACCUACAAUAGAAUGGCAAAACAUACAAGUAGCAGAUUUUUCAGACGUUAGAAUGUAUAUAUCUCGUAUUAUAUCAAAAAAAUCGCAAUGGUCCAAUACUAUAAGGAAAAUAGAAAUCGAACAAGAUAAUUUGUUAGGCUGGAAAAGAUUUUUCAAAAUGAAUGAACCAACUUUAUCUUGUGUUCUUGGUCUGCCAUAUACUUUACUAGACCGUGCCUUAGAAAUAUUAACAGAUAUAAUUGAUGAUGUUCCACCGGGAAAAACUAUUGAUUAUAAAACAGGCCAAUGGAUUUAUGCAUUUCUUGCUUGCACAAGGCAACCACUUUUGUCUGACACCACAAGCAUAUUAAGGAAUUUAGCUAGAAAAUGUGCAGAAAUAAGGUCACGUAUAAACCCAGAACAAGAAAAUUCAAGAGAAGCUGUAGCACCAUUAAAUAUUUUUAUAUGUUUGGUAUCAAGGUAUUUUAGACAAUAUGACUUGGCUGAUUGAAGAAAUUUAGUCAAAAAGCGGUUACGAAAAUUAUUCAGGUCAUUUUUUAAAAUCUAAACCUACAAGUGUGACUGGAUAGUCUUAGGGAUAUGAAUACACCCAAAAUUGCUCUAUUGUGUUCAAUCUUGAUUAUUGAAUUUUUAAUGUACAAUAAUUUUUAAUUAAAUCU